CUAAUCCAAGCAAAACACGGAGCGGGAGUCGGUGCAUGUGCUCGGCUCGCUUGGCCCGCCGACAAACAUAAGUUUUUUAUUCCUCCAAAAGUGAUACAGCCCAGAGGGAAAGUUUUGCACAACAGGCCGCGGAAGAUGCCUACAGAGAGGAGUCUAAACCCACCGCUGCUGCUGAGCCCCCUGGGAGAUCCGUCCAAGCCUUUUCUUUUUCUGCAAGGACUUGUGCAGGAUCCGUCACCACCUGCUGAUCCGCACACGGUUGAGGCUGCUAUGUCUGCGUGAGCUCCCAGAUCCUUCUGCAGCCAUGGCCCGACAGAGCGCUGAGCUGUCCCACUGCUAGGCGACAGGGCAUCCCAGAGGGCAGAAGACAUGUUGGGACAGAGGCCCGGGGACCACUGCACUGAAUUCUGUUACUAUAGCGACUACUGUAGUAACCAUGGAAACGCUAUGGAGGACUGGUCUGGUCUGCGCCGUGAUCGUCAUCAUGGUUGCCACAGAGGUCGAAGGAGGUCGCAGAGAUGAGUUCGCUCAGUCACAAGCUGCUUUCCUGUCCAGUCUAGGCCAGUAUGAGAUUGCCAUCCCAGUACGUGUAGGACCUAACGGUGAGACGCUGGAUGCAGAAACACCUCAACACCACCGAAGAAGAAGACGCAGCACUGAAGACAGGCUGCCUGACUCUCUCUUCUACCAGCUGUCCACGUCACGUAACAACUUCCUGCUGAACCUGACGCUGCAGGGAGGCCUGCUGUCCAGGCAGUUCAGGGUGGAGUACUGGAAGAGAGGCCGAUUAGCCUGGAGUCAUCCUUACUCUCCCCACUGCCACUAUGUAGGACACCUCCAAGAUCGGCCGCACUCCAGCAAAGUGGCCCUGAGCAACUGCAACGGCCUGCAGGGGGUGAUUGUUGCAGGGGGAGAGGAGUACCUGAUUGAACCCCUUGUCUCACCAGAUAACCAGACCAGGACGGAGAGGGGGGAGAGAGCAGAGGGGCGCCCCCAUGUGGUUUACAAACGGUCAUCGCUCCGCCAUCAGUACAAGGGCCAGUCCUGUGGAGUCAUUGAUGAGAAGCCGAUGAAAGGCGCGUCGUGGUGGCAACGAACCCUGAAGACGCCUCCCCAUCACGUCGGCCGCGGCCAGCUGCCUCUGAAGCGCUCAGUUAGCCGGGAGCGCUACGUGGAGACGCUGGUGGUAGCCGACAAGAUGAUGGUGGGUUACCAUGGCCGCAGAGACAUCGAGCAGUACAUCCUGGCCGUCAUGAAUAUUGUUGCCAAACUGUUCCAGGAUUCUAGCCUGGGGAAUGCAGUCAAUAUCGUGGUGACACGGCUCAUCCUGCUCAUGGAGGACCAGCCAACACUAGAGAUCAACCACCACGCAGGGAAGUCUUUAGACAGCUUCUGUAAAUGGCAGAAAACCAUCCAGCACCGGAGCAGCUACGGUAACGCCAUACCAGACAACGGGAUCGCUCACCAUGACACGGCUGUGCUGAUCACCAGGUACGACAUCUGCAUCCAAAAAAACAAGCCCUGUGAAACACUAGGUCUGGCUCCUGUAGGAGGGAUGUGUGAGCCAGAGAGGAGCUGCAGCAUCAAUGAGGACAUCGGCCUGGGAACAGCCUUCACUAUUGCCCAUGAGAUAGGACACACGUUUGGGAUGAACCACGAUGGUAUGGGGAAUGCCUGUGGGCCCCGCAGCCAGGAGACUGCCAAGCUGAUGGCUGACCACAUCACCAUGAAGACAAACCCGUUCAUCUGGUCAGCCUGUAGCCGGGAUUACAUCACCAGCUUCCUGGACUCAGGUAUGGGCUCCUGUCUGAACAACGUCCCCCCCAAACAGGAGUUUGUGUACCCCACCACAGCACCGGGUCAGGCCUACGACGCAGACGAACAGUGCCGCUUCCAGUAUGGUGUCAGGUCGCGACAAUGUAAAUAUGCUGAAGUCUGCAGUGAACUUUGGUGCAUGAGCAAGAGCAACCGUUGCAUCACCAGCAGCAUCCCGGCUGCAGAGGGAACCAUCUGUCAGACAAACACCAUAGAGAAAGGGUGGUGCUACAAGAGGGUGUGUGUGGCGUACGGGACUCGUCCGGAGGGCGUGGACGGAGGCUGGGGUCUGUGGUCACCCUGGGAGGAGUGCAGCAGGACCUGUGGUGGAGGAGUGUCCUCUUCUAUCAGACACUGUGACAGCCCCAGGCCAACCAUUGGUGGAAAGUAUUGUCUGGGGGAGAGAAAGCGCUUCAGGUCCUGCAAUAUUGAUGAGUGCCCUGCAGGGUCUCGGGAUUUCCGGGAGAUUCAGUGCUCUGAUUUUGACAGUGUUCCUUUCCGGGGAAAGUUUUACACCUGGAAGCCAUACAGAGGAGGUGGGGUGAAGCCCUGUUCUCUCAACUGCCUGGCAGAAGGCUACAACUUCUACACAGAGCGUGCUCCAGCUGUGGUGGAUGGCACGCCAUGCCGAGACGACUCUCUGGAUGUGUGUGUGACCGGAGAGUGUAAGCACGUAGGCUGCGAUCGUAUCCUCGGCUCGGACGUUCGCGAGGACCGAUGCCGGCUCUGCGGGGGUGACGGGAGCAGCUGCGUGUCUGUGGAGGGACUCUUUAAUGACUCGCUGCCCGAAGGAGGUUAUGAGGAGGUGGUCAGGAUUCCUAAAGGAUCAGUGUUUAUCCACAUACAGGAACUCAACAUCUCCCUCAACUACCUUGUGCUGAAGAGUAAAGGGGACCAGUACUUUAUCAACGGGAAGCUGACCAUUGACACGCCGCGCAGGUUCGAUAUUGCCGGUACCACCUUCCACUACAGGCGGCCCACUGACGGACCAGAAACUCUUGAAGCUCUUGGACCAACAAACAUGACCCUGAUUGUCAUGGUCCUGGUGAGGGAGGAGAACCCAGGGAUCCACUAUCGUUUCAACCCCCCACUGAACAGGGAUCCUCUGACUGGCUUUGCCUGGCACUACACCUCCUGGUCUCGCUGCUCAGCCCUCUGUGCUGGAGGUGUGCAGAUCCAGCAGGUGGUGUGCAGGAAGCAAACAGAUCAUUCAGUCGUCUACAACCACUUCUGUGACAAGAGGAACAAACCCAAAGAGAAGAGAAGAUCCUGCAAUACUGAGCCGUGCUCCCCAAGCUGGUGGACAGGAGAGUGGUCGGAGUGCAGCCGCAGCUGUAACGGCGGCCUGCGGACACGGGAGGUGUUAUGUAAAAGGAGGAUAUCUGGGACAGAAGAGAAGGUCCUCGACGACUCAGCGUGCACCCCCCUGCGCCCCUCUCUCACUGAGCCCUGCAGCAACCACAGCUGCCCCCCUGAGUGGCUGGCCCUGGACUGGUCAGAGUGCACGCCCAGCUGUGGUCCUGGCUACAGGCACCGUGUGGUCUUGUGUAAGAGCGGGGAGAGCGGUGACACGCUGCCAGAAUCCAAGUGUCCCAAACAUGGCCGGCCCACCUCUAGGGUGCGUUGUAACCUGCAGCGCUGCCCUCCCCCUCAGUGGGUGAUGGGUCCCUGGGGAGAGUGUUCUGCCAAGUGUGGUCUGGGUCAAGAGAUGCGUUCGGUGCAGUGUCUGACCCACACCGGCCAGCCGUCCAAUGAGUGUCUGGAACAUCAGCGGCCAGCAGCCAUGCAGCAGUGCAAGAGCAAAUGUGACCUCAGUCUGCCCAUCAGUACAGACAACCCCGAAGAGUGUAAAGAUGUGAACACUGUGGCCUACUGCCCCCUGGUGCUCAGGUUCAAGUUCUGCAGCCGGCCCUAUUUCAGGCAAAUGUGCUGCAAGACUUGCCAGGGACACUGACCUGGACACCAUGAAACUCACAGUAUCCAUCUUUGGGUCCUGCACACACUCACAGUAAGCCUGAAAACCCUCCCACUGAGCCUUGUAACAGCAGCCCUCGCAACUCCUCAGUCAGAGGAGUGUGAGCUCUACCUGGGCCGCUGUCGGACUGACACCUGGUCCUGUAACUGUUAAGAGGGACCUUUUUUCCAGCCAGAAUCCAAACCAGACGCCUCUCCGGGCCGAACAGAGUCAUACAUUCCACUGGAGGGAGGGCUGCUGAAACCUAGAGAGACAGAGAGAGGGAGAGAGUAACUUCCCUCCAUCGUCUUUUGGGAUGAACCUUCUCUCUCGGUCUUUUGAAACAAUCCCUCUGUUGUAAUAUUUUGGUGCUACUAUAUAUUAUUUCACUUUGGCCGCAGGGCUGGUCGCAGUACUCUCUUAAACCUGUAUGUUAACAGGCGGUAUUUGUUUAGCUAUGAAUUUAAAAAUCCACUUUGUAAAGAAACUGAUUUUCCAGAUAUCUUUGCCCAUGAAAAGGAAUAUCUUAUGCUAUAAAAUGAAAGAUUUCUAUGUUAUCUAAUAGUUGUUACUUGACCACGUUGUUUGAUGCCAUUGCUUUGUUUCGUAUCAACAUAUUCAUCAAGUCCUCGCUGUUAUCCAGCUGAAGUAUGAGCAGAGUUUGAUUUGCACAAAGCUUCAGCAGUACGAGGACUUGUGUAUGUUUUGUUUGUUUCGAUGUGAUUUGACUUGAUGCCUCUGUGGAAGCUAUAAAUGUCUCACUGCAGUGAACCCGCCAUAGUCUUGCCAUUUUGGCUAUUUCGCUUAAAUGUUAUCACCUCUACAGUAAAACAGUGCUUCAUGCUGCACAGGACACACAGAGACACUGCCUUAGUAAUGCGAGGAAAGCCAGUGCUGACUCACCAGGACAUUUUCACAUUAUCGGAUGUUAUUUUGUGUUGUGGCUGCAGACUGUGGCAGCUCGUGCAUUAAGUCUUCAAAAAAGAACCUUUAACAGCUCGGCUCAGUGUCGUUAUCUGAAAAUCUCUCAGCGCGGGGCCUUGCUGUUAAUUUCUUUGUUGUUUUUUUUGGUUUACUUUUGCCACAUGUUACCACUCAUUCAACAGUGCUUGUAACUUUUACUGUGAGUGGAAAUUCAGAGCACAGUGAGACGCAGUGUGUCGGCUCUGCCAGCAGGAACAGGUCCAGUAAGGAGGAGUGAAGACCUCUGACCGCACUGCUUUCAAGGAGGUUUUUAUAGUAGGAGUGCUAAUCUGAGGAUGGAUUUACACACAUACACAUAAAAUAUCGGAUUUCUUUGUGGCGCAGAUGUGAUGUAUUCAUGGCUGUCUGAAACCACCAUUCAGGCUGCUGUGGAACGAUUUCUGCUACAAACUUUUAUAAAUUGGAGCGGAUUUAAACUUGUGUGUGAUAAUUUCUUUGGCCACUUGGGGGCAGUGGAAACAAGCUGUAAACACUGACAUAUCACCUUUUAAGUAGAUAUGGCAAACUUGUAAGCAAACAGUUGCUUAUUUAGGUGUCCAGCAGUUACGGAGCAACAUUAGCUUUCACUUGGAGUCAUUUUUCUGGCUGCCUGGCGAAUCUAAGCCCCACGUUCACUCUCUCAUAGCUCUGCUUUUGGCCUCCACCACCUCCUGAGGCAAAAAUGUGGCUCCUUAGCUGCUACAUGCUCCACUACGUUCACCAGUUAGUCCCUAACUGUUUCUGUCUGCUGUUUGGUGCUGAGCAGCUCGUGUACAGUGGGUUUUUGAAAUAGCUGCCUGCUGUGGACAAAAACGAGCGACUCCAUUCACAUCGUCACAUUAUUUUCACAUUGUCUUCUGAUAUACUGGUAUUGAUUGUGGCUGUUUUAAAGAACCACUCUGUGUAUAGCUUUAUGCUGACUGAUCAAAAUAGUCAAACCUGAAAAUGAUCAGCCAGGCAGCAGUUAAAUGAUUUCUUAUCGCACAGGUGUUUGGGCAGAUGCUCCCGGUGUGAACCCACGUCAGCUUUUUUCCUCUUAAAAAUGGUGACGAGCACAUCACCUGACCCAAAUUUGUUGUAGGGCUAAUUUUAUUGUCGAUUUUGACUGACUAUUUCUGAAAAAUCAAAUUCAGCUCUUUCUCCAUCCUGCAGAGGACACUUUUAGAAAUGCUGCGCCAUCGCUGUGACGUCCACUGUGCUCUGAACUCUGCUGUGGCCGGACUCCUCACAAACAUUCACACUGAUCACUGCUGAUAGCAGCUCUGUGCAACACUAAAUGUCUCAUAAUUUCAUUGUAAAGAGAAGAAGCUACAGUAUGUCUUUAUGGGAAUUAGCUGCAGUGUUGUUGUUUCUUUUUCUUGUGGUGCUUUUGUUUGGAUUGGUGCUAUUAGUUCACUGUUGUCGUUGUUUCUGAGUUAUCACAACGAUUGUGCUUUUAAUGAUUCAGAAAUCAAUUUGAGCCUUUUGUAAUAAUGUUAGUCUGCAGAGCUAAGGUGUAAGACUGCAGCUGCCUCGGGCCCAUCAGCCACCAGGGGCCCUCUUUUUCAUUUUUAUCAUAAUUUAAGCUUUUAAUUUACACUCUCUGACUUGGUUAAAGGGCCAAUAAUACAACUCACUUGGCAGAAUUUAGGAUUAUGUCAAAUAUUGUGACAAUUUCUUAAGGGCCACUAUACAACAUAUUGGCAUUUCCGAUCACUCUGAGCAACGUGGAGAUUACAAAAAUAACCAAUUUUGGUGGCAUUAAACAAACAUUUGGGUUUUGGGAACAACUUGACAUAUUUUAAAAUUACAACAAAAACUUGUGGGUGCACCAGAUCAUGUAUAGGGUCUCAAAAAAAAUCUAAAGAUCUGCUAUGUUUAAUUUAAAAACUCUUCAUCAAUGUGUACAGCUAACUCAUCCAUGCAAUUUUACAGGUCUGAAUAGUUGGAAAUACCCGUUGUAACAUUUUCAUUUGCACAUACUGUUUCAGAAGACAUGUCAAAGAAAGAUUACCUGCAUUUUUUUUUCUCUUUAUCUACCCGUGACUAUAAUAAAGGUUCACACUGAGUAGUGAGCCUGUUUUAUCUGAGUAAAUAAGAGGGGACAGUACCGGUAAUUGUUCUGUUUUUCACAUGCUAAUUAUAACAUGACAUGUACUGUAUGUUGUUAAAUACUAUAGAAGAUGAAUCCAUAUGUCCCCCA